AUGCCUCAGCACGGUAAUACGCUCGCAUUCAGGAUUCGCGUCGUUGCCGGCACGCUCUUCGCCUCGGCGGUCCUCGUCCCCGCCGCGUACCAGCCGCUCCUCACUGGCGUCUGGAGCUGGCUCGAGCAGAACACGGUCUACCGGCUGUCGACGUUUGAGACGCUGUGGACCGUCUUCCUGUACGCCGCCAUCGAGGUGCCGCUUACCGUCGUCUUUCUGCGCCGUCCGGAAUGGCGCUUCGCGGUGCAAGAGAGCGCCCCGGCCUGCAGCAAGCGGCGACCACCGGGCAUGCGCCGGCCCUCGCGACGGCUGCGCGAGAUGGCCGUCUACGUCGCGCCCCUGCUGCUGCUCGAUCUCACGCUGAUCAAGAAGUUCGCCGACGUGCCGCUGGAGCGCAUGCUCGAGUCCGGCAACUACCACGUCCCCGCCCACCGCCACCGCGCAACCUUCCUCGCCCCGACGCUGCACAACAUGACGGCCUCGUCCCCUCUGCAGACCCGGGGCGCCCUGCCCUCGCUGCCGCCCACCAGCCGCCGCGUCGCCCUCGAGCUCGCCGCCAGCCUCGUCAUCUACGACGCCCUCUUCUUCCUCUUCCACUGUGCCCUCCACCUUCUGCCCGGCCUCAGGCGCUGGCACGCUCCCCACCACCGUCACGCCGAGAUCCAUCCCCAGGUCACAAACCAGCUGCACGUCGUCGAGCGCCUCGGGCUGGUGCUGCUGGCCAACUUCAGCCUGAACAUCAUUGGCAGCCAUGUCUUCACCAGGACCCUGUUUGUGCCCAUCUUCGUGUGGCUGCUCGUCGAGAUACACUCAGGCUUGGAUCUGCCAUGGGGAUAUGAGAAAAUACUACCCAGGGGAUGGGGCGGAGGUGCCAGGAAGCACAUGCUGCAUCACGCGGGAGGGGAUCAGGGCUACGAGCCGUAUUUUACAUUGUGGGAUGGGUUGCUGCAUCGGAUCGCGUAUUCCGCUUCGAAGACUUGA